CUUGAAGAUUUCCCCAUGGCGUUACUUUUUUCACUGAAGGACCACAGGAUCAUGGAAAUUCUAGUGGAUACGGUUGCUGAAUUCCUCACAGAGAGGGUCUCCUUUCUGCGCCCCCCGUAUGCCCGCCCAGCCCUGCCCCCGCCGCUGAGGACAGGGGGAGGGUCUCGGCCUGCAGGCUCCCGCCCCGCCGGGGCCCGGGCGAGCAUGGGCGGCAAGCAGAGCACGGCGGCCCACUCGCGCGGCCCCUUCCCGUGGGUCUCCACCGACGACAGCGCCGUGCCCCCGCCGGGAGGGGCGCCCCACUUCGGACACUACCGGGCGGGCGGCGGGGCCAUGGGGCUCCGCAGCCGCUCGGUCAGCUCCGUGGCGGGCAUGGGCAUGGACCCCAGCACGGCCGGCGGGGCGCCCUUUGGCCUCUACACCCCCGCCUCCCGGGGGGCCGGCGACGCCGAGAGGGCGCCCGGCAGCGGAGGGUCGGCGUCCGACUCCACCUAUGCCCACGGCAAUGGUUACCGGGAGACGGUUGGCGGUCACCAUAGAGACGGGAUGCUGUACCUGGGCUCCCGAGCCUCGCUGGCGGAUGCUCUACCUCUGCACAUCGCACCCCGGUGGUUCAGCUCGCACAGUGGUUUCAAGUGCCCCAUUUGCUCCAAGUCCGUGGCUUCCGAUGAGAUGGAAAUGCACUUUAUAAUGUGUCUGAGCAAACCUCGUCUCUCCUACAACGAUGACGUGCUGACCAAAGACGCGGGUGAGUGUGUGAUCUGCCUGGAGGAGCUGCUUCAGGGGGACACGAUAGCCAGGCUGCCCUGCCUGUGCAUUUAUCACAAAAGUUGCAUAGACUCUGGUUUGAAGUGAACAGAUCUUGUCCAGAACACCCUGCAGACUGACCCUGCUGGGCUCGCUUGCUGACUCCUCUCAAUGGGACAGCCAGGGCCCCGUUGCUGAGAGGAGGCUUCGGACACUGGGGCAGAGCUGAGCUGGGGACAGCAGUGGAAACAGGGCGCCCUCCUGCACUGACUUCCAGAGAAUGGUCCCCCUUUCUCCCCGAGGACACCAGAUUGGAUGAGAGCCAGUUUGAGAGAAGAAUCACCCGCUAUCCUUCCCCUCAUCCUCAUCCCAGGAGGGAAAGGGCAUUUUCUUUUUCACCUUUGAAAGGCAUUGUGUGUCUGUCUCUAAAGUGUUUACAAAAAAAAAAAAAUUAUAAAAAAAAAAAGAAAAAAAAAGAAAACAAAACAAACAAAAAAAUAAGCUCAUGUACGUCUUUAAAAGCAUAAAACGUCAACCAGCAAAAGUGACUGUGAUUUAAUUUCUGUUUAUAUAUCCGUUCAUUAUCUAUACUAUCUUCAGAAAAUCUUGAAGGACGUCAUAUAUUAUUGUAUAAGAAGGAGGCAUCAUGGUGGGAAGUUUAAAACCGAGAUUUAAGUUUCCUUGUUAAUUAUAAAUACCAAUUGCACCUGCCUAACGAAGAGUACCUUGAAACUGAAGAAAUGUCACUAACGUUAUGAUAACGAGUUUGGAAAAACACAUCGGACUUGAAUUAAUAUACUGGCUCCUAAACUGCAAUUUCCGCAAACACUGGAAGACAAUUUGAAACCAAACUUUUGCUUUUACCAUCAACAUACCUACUCCGCCUUUCUGAUAAUAAAUAUAUCUGACCCUGGAGAAAUAAAACGGUAACUGUGGUCUCCUGCCUGGUUGUGUGCUGACUUUUUUCUCCUGCUGGGGUGAGGGUCCAGGUCUGGAGGAGCGAGGAGGACAGGGCCCCCGGAGGCAGGAGGGCCGAGGGCAGAAGAGGUUUCAAAGGGAGAAUUCCGGAGGGGAGCCCUGAGGAGAGGUCCGUGUGGGGAGCAGGGCAGCGCUGGGUGCAGAGCUGGGAGGCCGGUUCCGACCUGAGG